AAAGAGAUUUUAAUAGGAAUAGUAUUAAACAUUCUUUCUUUUCGAAUACUGAAAUAGUACAUUUCUGCAGAUCCAAUGUAGAUUUCACCCUUGAAUAAAAGCAGAAAUACCUAAGAAGUAGACAAAUAAUGGAGAUUUAUCAGGUACAAUGAAAGUUGUGGGUUAUUGCGAUAAUCAAAUACAAAUCACACCAUCGUCUAUUAAUAACUAUGAUUUCAUAGCUCAUCUCCGUUUGCAAACAAUUUUCAUGAAGUAAGUAUCAUUAACCUUUAUCUAUAGUCCUAGAAGAAGAAGAAGGAAAGACAGUAUCGCAAUGAAUGACAAGCAUACCCAAAUAUGGGCCCAAACAAAGCCCCAAAGUUUGCACAAGAAUGCUGAUGCAUAAACGAUCAGCACCAAAUACGUGACCAAACACAUUCUUUGAAUCGGGCGAAAGACGCAGGGAUAAUCUUUGACGGUGACAGUGAAUUUUAGGCUUGCAACAGACUAAAUCAACGUGAAGAGUCCUUAUCAUUGAAUUUUGUAAAAUGGAUUUUUACAUCCUUCUCAGCCUUCUCUUUCUUGCUCUGAUGCCCGAAGUAUCAAUUGCAGAUCCAAACGUGACCGUAGCCCAAGGCAUGCUUGUGGGAAAAACUGUACAUUUUACAGAGGAGAACUUUAUUAAUGUCAAUAAAGAUUUUGAUAUUUAUCUGGGAGUACCGUUUGCGGAGCCGCCUCGUCGCUUCAAACCACCAGUCGCCAAACGGCCAUGGGAUGGGCCUCUUAAUGUGACGGAGUUCAAAGAUGCUUGCACGCAGCUUCCGAUCUUCGGGACCAUAAUGGAAUCAAUGUCCGAGGAUUGUCUCUAUCUCAAUGUCUAUUCUCCUAGCCCGAAGCCCACGAAUGCAACAGUUAUGGUAUGGAUCCACGGCGGAGGGUUCACUGCAGGGACAGCCAACCAAUACGAGUUUUACGGGGUUCCACUGGUCGCUGUCGGUGACGUCAUCGUGGUGACAAUCAACUAUCGACUAGCAGUCUUUGCCAAGUUCACCACAAAGGAUGCCGAAGCACCCGGUAACGUGGGGAUGUUGGAUCAAGUAGCUGCUCUUCAGUGGAUUCACGAUAACAUUGAAGCUUUUGGUGGUGACAAAGAUAGAAUAACACUAUUUGGAGAGAGUGCCGGUGGAGCAGCGGUCGAAUAUCUAACUCUAUCCAAACGCAGUCGAGGUUUAUUCAACCAAGCCAUCAUUGAGAGUGGAUCUACAGUUCCUAACUGGUCCUUUGAUCCGAGACCAGCGGAAAUGGAAGUCCAAGACGCCAAGAAUUUGGGAGAGGCCUUGGGCUGCGACACGUCACCUUCCUCAGCUUUGAUCGCCUGUUUGGAAACUAAGACUGCCAAUGAGAUUAUCAACAGUUCAUUACUCGCGUAUUCAUUCUGUCCUGUUUCUGUUGACGGUGAUUUCCUUGACGAUGAGCCAGCCAAUCUAUAUAAAAAUAAGGACUUCAAGAGGUGUCCUAUACUAACCGGUACCAACAGGGACGAAGGCACUCUCUUCCUCAUAGCUGUCUUUCCUACGGAUGCUCCCAAUCCACCUCGGCCAGAGGUUAACACUUCGGGUCUGGACGUAAUAAUCAGAUCCCUGAUGGUGACAUACGGCAUCACCGAGGAUAUCUUGAUCGCUGCUAUUCGUCAGGAAUACACGGAUUGGACCAUUGCAGAUAACUCUUCCGCCAACCAGAUGCCGUCCUAUAUAGAAUGUGCUGGAGACCAAGGGUUCUCCUGCCCUUCAGAUCAGUUCGCUAGAUACCAUGCUGGUGUGGGGGACACAGUGUUCAAGUAUUUCUUUACGCAUGAACCAUCAAGGUCUGUUUUUGAAGGGUUCCCGGGAUGGUUUGGAGCCGGCCACGCAGAGGAGGUUACAUUUGUGUUUGGAGCGCCCUUCAUUGAACAGCUCUCUGACAGAGAUAUAUACAUGCUGACAGACGAAGAGAAGACAUUGUCGGUCAAGAUGAUGAAGUCCUGGACUAACUUUGCCAAAUAUGGGGAUCCGACGUCUGGCGCUAACCCGAAUGAAGGGUUGGGCAGCUGGCCAUCUUUCACGGUUCCUGAGCUCUCUUACAAGGAGAUAUCUCUAGAUAUCGCUAAUAAUGGAGUAGGGAGGGCACUGAAGGCCAGGCAAUGCCACUUUUGGAAUGACUAUUUCCCGAAGCUCCAGAAAUUCAUCGCUUCCCAAUCGAUGGACGAUUUGUCGGACUGGCAAAACGAGUUCAAGAACUGGCAAAGUCAAAUGACUAACUGGCAACAAGCUUAUGAUGAAUACAAGGAAGCUCCAAAAUGCAACUAAUCUUACUUCUGGUGUUCUGCCUGAUUCUUGAAUGCAGGCUAACUCGGCACUAAGGACAGUCUUUUUUAAAUAUUGAAUGAUUUAUUCUCGAAUGCUUCCAAUUUAUUUCAUGUUUGAUAAACAAACAAAUCUUUUGUAACGUGAACGUAAUAAACACAAUUCUGAAAAAGUCCACUCUUCUGAGUUUUAGGACUUAUACAUGUACAAAAGUUACAAUAUAUUUCCAUAACAUGAUAUCAUUUCGUGAUAGACAGAUAUCCAAAUAAUCAAACAUAAUUCUUGCAGAAAUGAAGCAGUGUGUAUUCAUAUAAUUAUAAAUGCCUAUCCUACUUCGUAAACCCUCUCCCAUCCUCCAUUUCUUCUUGAAAUCUAAUGAUUUAUAUCACAGUCACACCAACGAGACCGACACGAGACCGGCAACAAACCGACCAUCAAAUUACAUUACUCUCAAUGGCAAAGAAGCAGUCCGUGUUGAGUCGGUAUAUAUAUGAUUUGACUGACGUAUUAGAGAAAAACAUAUUUUCGCUUUGAGUCCGUCUUUCAAAAGCCAUCGAUAUCAAGGUUUUUUGAUAGGAAAGUGUAGAUAAGUAGCUGUUGAGAUAAUGCUAGAAUGUUCAAGAGGAGAUAUUUAUUAAAACAUUUAGGGCUCAGCAAAGGUCCGGUGUAUAGUUUGCUCUUCAACUCUUGAAAUCUUUUACAAAAGUUAAAUAGGAUUUGUUGAUCUCGGUACUUUUAAUCAUGAUUACUUGUAAAUAGUCAUUACAACGAAAUGAAGACUCAUUAUAUUAUUUUCUUUCUUAAAAAGGUUUGUAUAGUUACAUUUUAUCAAACUAAAACCGUAUAAAAAAAUAGUAUGUCGCGCUUCAUGGUGUAGUUAACAAUUGUCGGUAGCUAAUUUGUUAAUUGUGUAGGUCGUACUAAUUUAGUUGUAAAAUAGGGGGAGGGGGUAGAUGUCAAAAUAUAUAACACGACAUUGUAGGAGUAUAUUGUACUGCCAAGAAUAGCAUUAUUGUUAAAAAAGAAGAAUGAUUGAAAUAAAGUAUUGAUCGAGAUAGCAA